AUGAGGUUCUUCUCUUUCUGCGCACUAUCCCUUUCUGUCGCUGGCUUGGCCAGCGCAUCUGCCACAAGUGAUGUCGCCCCAAUCGCACUUUCAGCCUUGCCCAAUGAAUGUACGCCGGAGAUUUAUACCGACGCAGGCACGAUUGAGGCAAUCCGAAACACACUAGCAAUCUAUCCCUUUGCGAUUGAUGGCAAAAACUUCGAUGCUCUCAGCAAAGUAUUCACCAGCAAUGCGGUAGCGAACUAUUCAGCGCCCCUCAAUGUAUUGACGCCGCUUAGCUCUAUCCAGUCUGUUCUGAAGGAGAGCUUGGCAUGCGUUACCACGCAGCAUUUGUAUGGUACCCAGUGGAUCGAUGUACAGUCGCCCACUGCAGCGCAAUCAGUAACAUACUUCCGCGCGGCUCACUUUGGCAAAGGUGAUACCGAAGGGCAGGUUCUGUACGCCUACGGUCAAUACCAGGAUAACUGGGAGCGUCAACUGCUCGGUACCUGGCGUAUUGUUCACCGAAAUCUGGUCUAUAUGCUAGUAGCGGCGCAAUAUAGUGAGCUGUUAUCGCCUUAUCGCCUUAUCGCGAAUCCAAGCUCCGCGUUGCUUCUCCACUUCACCACGCAACGCGCGACAAAUGCCUUCGACAGUAUGAACACCGAAAUGGAAGUCGACUCCCUAGAUAACCAGGGCUCUAAACGCCCAGUCGAUGAUGUGGAAGUAUCUGAGCCACCAAAACCAAAGAGAAUCAAGGCUCUCGAUCCCAAUGUUGUCAACAAGAUCGCCGCCGGUGAGAUCAUCGUCGCACCAAUGCAUGCCUUGAAGGAGCUUAUCGAAAACGCCGUCGAUGCCGGAUCCACAUCCCUCGAGGUUCUUGUGAAGGAUGGAGGGCUGAAGCUGUUACAGAUCACGGAUAAUGGGCACGGGAUUGAUCGGGAGGACUUGCCCAUAUUAUGCGAGAGAUUCACAACGUCCAAGCUCAAGGAAUUCGAAGAUCUAUCAUCUAUCGGCACUUACGGAUUCCGUGGCGAGGCAUUGGCAAGUAUUAGCCAUAUUGCCCAUUUGACGGUUACAACGAAGACUGCGGGAUCAAGCUGUGCAUGGAGGGCACAUUAUGGAGAGGGAAAGCUGGUUCCUGCGAAACCUGGGCAGAAUGCUGCUCCGAAAGCCACGGCAGGGCGUGGAGGCACCCAGAUCACAGUCGAAGAUCUAUUCUAUAAUGUGCCCAGUCGCCGCCGCGCAUUCCGAUCUUCAAGCGAAGAAUACGCCAAGAUUCUCGACGUGGUUGGUCGAUACGCCGUGCAUUGCUCCGGCGUUGCGUUCUCAUGUCGCAAACACGGCGAUUCUGGCGUGAGCAUUUCAACACCCUCUGCCGCUAAUACAGUUGAUCGAAUCCGCCAGAUACACGGCAGUGCGGUUGCGAACGAGCUCGUGGAAUUCGAAUCUUCAGACGAAAAACUUGGUUUUCGUGCUUCGGGCCUAACCACUAACGCCAAUUAUCAUGUCAAAAAGACCACCAUUCUACUCUUCAUUAAUCACCGUGCUGUGGAAUCAACCACCGUGAAACGAGCUAUCGAGCAAACAUACGCCACAUUUCUACCAAAAGGAGGACAUCCUUUUAUAUAUCUUGAUUUGGAAAUCGAACCCCAUCGUGUUGAUGUCAAUGUGCACCCGACAAAACGAGAGGUCAACUUCCUAAACGAAGAUGAGAUCAUCGAGAUGGUGUGCAGCGAAAUUAGAGCGAAAUUAUCACAAGUUGACUCGAGUCGCACAUUCCUAACUCAAAGUCUCUUACCCGGCGUACAAACCAUUGAAACUAUACAACGCGAUCAAUCCGCCGAAAGCCCAGCAGAUGGAAAAGCCGCCACAACCCCAAAAACACCCGCAACAGCUAAAAGGCCCUACGAAAACAACCUCAUCAGAACAGACUCCAAAGUCCGAAAAAUAACAUCCAUGCUUGCUCCGUCCCCUUCACAACCUCAUCCAGAUCCAAAUACCCCAUCACAAAAUCCAGCUUCCAUCCUAGACGACGGACUCCAAUACGAAGCAACAGAUCGCCAACCACUCAAAAUAGCACUCACAUCCAUUAAAGCGCUCCGCAGCACCGUCCGUUCAUCAAUGCAUAACACAUUAACCGAGAUGUUCGCCACACAUACCUACGUCGGUCUCGUAGAUGAACGACGACGCCUAGCGGCCAUUCAAUCCGGCGUAAAGCUCUACUUAGUAGACUACGGACUGGCAUGCAACGAAUUCUUCUACCAAAUUGGUUUAACAGAUUUCGGAAACUUCGGCGUAAUCCGCCUAGACCCCCCUUCAAAACUGAUUGACCUCUUGAAAAUCGCGGCGGAAACCGAACAGCAAGAAUAUACCAAUGAUAACGGUGAAGGCGCGGAUGAUGUCUUUUCACGGGCACCGGAAGUCAUCUCCCAGUCUCUUAUUGAACGGCGUGAAAUGUUGAACGAGUACUUCUCGAUUAAGAUCAGUGAGGAUGGAGACCUGCUUACUAUCCCUUUGCUGUUGAAGGGGUACACGCCUUCUUUAGCGAAAUUACCUCGGUUUUUGCUUCGACUAGGUCCUUAUGUGGAUUGGUCUGGGGAGGAAGAGUGCUUCCGCACCUUUUUACGGGAACUAGCGGCGUUUUAUACACCUGAACAACUUCCUCUUCCACCCUCUGAAUCUGUGGGGGUUGAUGAGGAGCCGAAAGAAUCUAGCGAAGAGGUUGAAGAUCCUUUCAUUGUGACUCGACGAACCCAAAUGGUUCGAAUGCUGGAAUAUACUGUGUUUCCGGCUCUUCGGACUCGCCUAGUUGCUACAUCACGAAUGCUGAGGGGUGUUGUAGAAGUUGCAGAUCUCAAGGGCCUUUAUAGAGUGUUUGAGAGAUGUUAA